AUGGCGGGAGUGGGAGUGUGGGUGACACUGCUGGCUGCGGCCCUGAUGUUCUCCGGCGCCGUGCUGGGGAGCUCGCCGCUCGUGGGGGCCCCGAGGACCGUCGCCAACCCCGAAAACAGCGAGGGCCUGCAGCGGGCCCUGCGGUUCGCUAUGGAGGAGUACAACAAGGCCAGCAACGACAUGUACGCCAGCAGGGUGGUGCGGAUCAUCAGUGCCAAGGAGCAGGUGGGUGCUGGGGCGGCCCCGGCCCCUCGUCGGGACGGGCUU